AGGGUAUCGCCGAACUCGGGGAUUGUUCAAGGAUUGAUCGAAUCCUUUCCUUUUGGAUUGAUUGGAAGCCUGGAUAUUAUUUGACAGAGAAGCAAAAUGCCUGAACAGGGGUCGCUGAGCCAUCAUACACCGGACAUCGAGAAUCUCUUGGUCCUGAACCCGAAAACGUCGCAGUUUGCGAAUUGUGUCCCGAGCAAGACGACGAAGCACGAGAAGAAACAUUGGAAGCGAAACCACGACAAGUCCUGUCAUAAUUACUAUGGAGCAGCUAAAGCAAUCCUGAGUGACAAUCCACUGGGUUUAACGUGUGGCAUGGUUUGCCCUACAAGCGACCUCUGUGUCGGCGGGUGUAACCUCUACGCUUCGGAAGAAGGUCCGAUCAACAUUGGCGGUUUGCAGCAGUUUGCCACCGAGGUGUUCAAAGCUAUGAACAUUCCACAAACGCUGACACCAGCUGUGGAGCAAAAUUCGAAUCACCCGUCGUACACUGAGCCAAAAAUUGCACUCAUUGGCUGCGGUCCUGCGUCAAUUUCAUGCGCAUCAUUUUUGGCACGUUUGGGCUACAAAAAUCUCACAAUUUAUGAGCGUCAGGAUUACGUUGGUGGACUCAGUUCUGCGGAAAUUCCGCAAUACCGUUUGCCUUACGACGUUGUAGAUUUCGAGCUCACCUUGAUGAAGGACCUUGGAGUGACUGUUGAGACUGGCAGGAGUCUGUCCACAGAUGAUUUGACUGUCAUGAAGCUGAAAGGUGAAGGGACUGAUGCGAUUUUCCUCGGAUUAGGCCACCCAGAACCAAAAAUCAUCCCGGCGUUUCAGGGAUUGACUCAUGAGCAAGGAUUUUUCACGUCGAAAGACUUCUUACCCGUUGUUUCAUCUGCCAGCAAACCAGGAAUGUGUGCCUGCAAGAGCAACAGCUUGGCAUUGCCCAAACUCCAUGGCAGGGUCAUUGUCCUGGGAGCCGGGGACACGGCCUUUGAUUGCGCCACUUCUGCUCUUCGAUGCGGCGCCAAGAGAGUCUUCGUCGUUUUCCGCAAGGGAUUCACCAACAUCCGAGCAGUUCCUGAAGAAAUGGAUUUGGCCAGAGAGGAGAAAUGUGAGUUCCUGCCUUUCCUCGCUCCAAACGAGGUCAUUCUCAAGGACGGAAGAAUUGCUGCUGUCGAUUUUGUGCGAACUGAACAGGAUGAUGACGGAAAGUGGAUCGAAGACGAGGAGCAAACAACGAAGGUCAAGGCUGAUUUCGUCAUUUCUGCCUUCGGUUCUGGGCUAUACGACGAGAAAGUCAUUCAAGCCAUGCAACCCUUGAAGCUGACUGACUGGGGCACGCCGGUCGUGGACCACACCAACAUGUCGACGUCGGAACCCGGGGUGUUUUGCGGCGGUGACGUGGCUGGUGUCGCGGAAACAACCGUCGAGUCUGUCAACGACGGCAAAGUCGCCGCGUGGCACAUGCAUGUUUACCUUCAGGCCCUGCGGGGUAAUCGAGUCCCGUCGUCAUCUGUCCCCUCAUUGCCGAAAUUCCACACCCCGAUCGACGACGUUGACGUGUCGGUGACUCUUUGCGGACUCCGGUUUGAGAACCCCUUUGGACUAGCUUCUGCACCCCCGACAACGACGUCAGCCAUGAUUCGGAGGGCCUUUGAACAGGGCUGGGGGUUUGCCUUGACCAAGACCUUUUCGCUGAACAAGGAUGUGCCGACGAAUGUGUCGCCGAGGAUUGUGAGAGGCACGACGUCGGGAGAGGUGUAUGGCCCCGGGCAAGGCGCCUUUUUGAACAUUGAGUUGAUUUCCGAGAAGACGCAGGAAUAC